AUGGACCCCUCCCUGCGUUCACACUACCUCGCCGAUAACCCUCCUACCGUCGUGCAAUUGGAAAUUGCUCCUCACUUCGCUGCCCUCUCGCCGAAACAGAAACGCUAUGCACAUCACUUGAGUCGAGCCUCAUUCCUUGGUACUCGAGUGACUUUGGCUCAGGUGUCCCCCGAGUCUGCGAUCAUUUACGAUCUCAUCCUAGCACUACAUCGUGCCUGCAGCGGUGACUAUGAAAAGCUGUCCAAUGCCACCUCGGUCCCUUCCAGCGACAUCACAUUAUGGUUAGAGUACUCUGCACAGUUUCUGGGUAACUGUGGCAACUACAAGGGUUUCGGUGACUCCAAGUUCAUUCCGAGAUUGCAACCAGAAACACUCGAGAAACUCUGCAUGGUGAACGACGAGUGCAAGAAACUACAUGACACGGCCAUGAAAACAGGAGGAGGCAUCUAUGAGAGCAAAGAUGUGGCUUUGAUGCACUUUGGAUAUCCAGAGGCAGGGCACAUGACAACGUACUAUCCAGACUCGCCUACGAUUACCAAAGAGGAAAUCUCGACUGUAGGAGACGUCUUGGAAGAGAAGAAGCUCCUCAUAGAGAACACUAGGUUGCGAAAACUAGAUUCAGGAGAUUUCGAGCUGCUGAUCGCCUCUGGCAUCCAGAACCCGCCAGCUGCAGAAAGAGAUCUGGGCGAUGUAUCAACCAUUGACCUACCCGGCAAGCUGUCGGGAAAAAAGCUACAUCUUGUGUUCGGCGACUACCUGAAUGAGAUGGCGAAGAUUGCUGUCGAAAUCAAGAAAGCGAGGAAGGAGGCUGCCAACGACACCGAGGAAAAGAUGCUGAACGAGUAUGCAAGGUCCUUUGGCACAGGCAGUAUCCAAGGUUUUGUUGAGUCUCAACGAUAUUGGAUCAAAAACAAAAAGCCAGUGGUCGAAACAGAUCUUGGUUUUGUCGAAACAUAUAGGGACCCUCACGGAGUGCGAGGUGAAUGGGAAGGAUUCGUCGCUAUGGUCAAUCAAGAACGGACACGAGCAUUUGGCAAGCUUGUGGAUGCAGCACCAAGCAUGAUUCCGAAAUUACCAUGGGGCAAGGAAUUCGAGAAAGACAAGUUUCUAAGUCCUGAUUUUACGUCACUGGAAGUGUUGAGCUUCGCUGGGAGCGGCAUUCCUGCAGGCAUCAACAUUCCCAACUACGACUUCAUCAGGCAGAACGAAGGCUUCAAGAACGUCUCCCUUGGCAAUGUCCUUAGUGCGAAGGCGCCGAAAGAGCCAAUUCCUUUCAUUCGAAAAGAGGAUGACGAACUGUACCGCAGAUACCGAGACGGCGCGUUUGAGGUUCAAGUUGGCAUCCAUGAGCUUCUUGGACAUGGCUGCGGCAAGUUGUUGCAAGAAACUGCUCCAGGAGAAUACAACUUCGAUGUCGAGAAUCCUCCUACCAGCCCUGUGAGUAAGCAACCGGUCACGUCAUGGUACAAGCCAGGCCAAACCUGGUCCAGUGUCUUCGGCUCCAUUGCCUCAUCAUACGAGGAGUGCAGAGCGGAAUGUGUUGCUAUGGCCAUUUCGUGCGAUUUUGAGCUACUGGAGAUCUUCGGUUUCGGCAAUGGCAAGGGUGACAUGAGCAACGAGGCAGGUGACGUUCUCUAUGUCGCUUACCUUCAGAUGGCCCGAGCUGGCGUUGCUGCUCUUGAAUAUUGGGAUCCCAAGGCGCGUAAGUGGGGCCAGAUUCACAUGCAAGCUAGAUUUGCUAUUCUACGAACCUUCAUGGAAGCUGGCGGGAACUUCUGUGAGAUCAAAGCGCCGAAUGGAGACGUGAGCAACCCCAAUGACCUUGAGAUUUUUCUGGACAGAAGCAAGAUCCUGUCACAUGGUCGACCAGCUGUUGAGGACCUCCUUCAGAAGCUACACAUUUACAAAGCUACGGCCGACUUUGACGCUGGCAAGAAAUUAUACGACGAUAUUACGAGCGUUGACGAAUGGUGGGCUGAGAAAGCCAGACCCAUUGUCUUGAACAAGAAGACUCCAAGAAAGGUAUUUGUGCAGGCCAAUACAGUGCUUGACGCGGAGACCGGUGAAGUCAAGUUGUUUGAAUAUGAGCCUACACUUCAGGGCAUGGUGCAGAGUUAUUUCGAACGAGACGUCUGA